AAUAAACGUCAGAUGAAUAAUACCAUCGCAACUUAUCACAACACCUCCUUGCAUUGUUAUUUGGAAGUCAGACGUAAAACAGCGAAAGGUGAUAGACCUAUCAAUAGUAUCGGUUUAAAAUACUACGAAAUCACGCAAAAAAAUUUAUUCACGGUAAACGCAAAAAAAAACACGAUUAUUAGGUUUGUAAAGUUGAAGAUAGAGUCUGUAAAACUAAUUAGUCUAAUUUGAUUCAUUUGUAUUUGUAGACUAGGCCUGCAUAAGCUAAAUUAGAUUAAUACUUUAGUAUUAGUAUUAUCUUUAAAUUAGUAAGUAGACUAAUAUUAGAUUAUUAUAAUAAAAAUAAUAAUCUAAUUACUAUUUAGAAUUAAACUGUUAUUUGUCACAUGCCUCCUAGACUAAAGUUCACUAUACUAUACUCCUAUGCCUAUAGUAAUAGUAUAGUCAUAGUCUAUAGUAUAAUUAUAAUCUAUUAUAGAUAUAGUUUAGUAAAGUAUAGUCUAUUAGUAUAAUUAGUUAGGAUAAUAAAUUAUAUGAAUAUGAUGAUAAAUACAUUUACAUAUUUACAGAUUACUAUGAAUAUGAGAUUAUUAAUUGUUUAAUUAAUAGUUUGCCCCUCAAUUGGCCGCCAAUUAGUAUUACUUCUAUUAGUAGUAUGAGAAAAUGAUGUAUUUUGCUCUCAAAUAUCUAGGCCUGGUAAAUGUGAAGAGAUAGCACUGGGUUUUUUUUACCAUGGCGAGGUUAUGUCCUAAAUUUAUCCCUAAACCUAACCUGAACCCGAAAAGUAUCCCUAAACACUAACAUGGGUUUUGAUUUUGACCAUAUCAGAACCAGGGACAAAACAUGCAAAUGACGUCAGGGUGCUAAUCUAUCUCUUCACAUUAGCCCUAGGCCCUAUUGAAUAUGUUACGCACUGGCUUCUAUUGUGAGAAAUUAAUCUCUUGUUUUAAGUUAUGGCUCGUUCAAACAGUGCCUAACAAAGGACGAUACCAUAGAUAAAUAUGCUAACAAAAUUACGACACCCAAAACAGUACCAAUUACAAUUAAUAAGAUUUAAUUAAGUAAUAAUACAAUUACAAAACAAAAGAAAUAUCAUGACAAAUCAUCAACUUACAGUAUGGUAGAUCUUGUACUGGUACACAGUACACAGUUAGUACAAUGUGCCAAUUAAUAAUGUACAAUGACGAAAUGUGAAUAAACACAUUUAUAAGAACACAAAGAAUAAUACACGUCUCGUAAAGUUACAAAUAUCUAUCUAAAUCUCCGUCCCUCUGUAUCUGUCCAUCCCUUAUAAACAUGUAGCGUAAGAAGCUUCCUGAAAAGACUUAUGACGUGUUGUUUACAUUUCUCGGGUUAUCGAGAACAUUCGACAAGAUACCAAGAGACGCUGACGGUUGGCUUAUUGGCUUAACUGAUGUUUAGAAAUAACGGUUAAAGGAUUAUUACACAUAAUUAGCCAUUACACUUAUAAUGAACUAGAUGAUAAUCAAUUUAUUUACUUUAUAAACAUUCACUGCUCAGUUUGCACCACAAACUAUUCAUAUAUGGCGUUGGUUAAGAAUGAGGCUAGUUUGUUUCAGUAUCUAUCGGUAAGUAAGUAAAUCAAUAGUUCUAUGUAAAAUGUAUGAGAUAAAAAAAAAUGGAUAUAUAUGUUAUAAAACUGUAUAAUUCCGGUUACAGAGUGCAGUGUAUCUAUUCGACUUUAUCCUUAUAAAAAUGGGGUGGGGGGGGGGGUUGUGUGGUGUUGUUGUUUAAAAAGUUGAUAUUUUCCACUUUUCUCCAUUACACAUUCCCUGAAAAAAGCAUUUUUAAAAUAAAUAAUUCUCUGUUUAACAAAUAUCAUUUAGAAUAAAAUCUCCAUUCUGAUAAACCUCCUUCAAACAGUAUUAAUUUGAACAAUGUUCGUUCAUACAAAUUUUCAGAGAAGGGUUUUUACAAUUUUCAAUGUCAUAGCUGACAUGCAAAGCCACUCAUGUUAGGAGUAGAUCUCAGAAAAGUGGCUAUGAUUAUUUAUACUAUUUAUAUCAGCAUAAAAAUAAAAUGUGUCUUUUUUUACAAAAUUGAUAAAUGAGAAUUCUUGUGCAUUCCCAAUGAGGCACCAUCUUAUCUAAAAUGCUACUCCCCUGGUACUUGUAUUUUUAAAAUCUUUGAAACAUGUGCAAGAAAUCUUAAUACAUUUUUUUCAUUUCUCAUCAAUAAUUUCCAUUUUAGUUUUAAAAAAAUGGAACAUUGUUUCAUUUAUAACUGGCCGAUAUACCUGGGUUUGCUUGGAUUUGUAUUCAGAAAAAUUUCUAAAGUAUUAUCAGCACACACAUACAUUAGGGUCCCUGCCAAAAACACUUUGCUAAAGUACCAAUGAAAAUUUUUCCCCUGUAAAAAGCCUUAUUUAUAAUAACACUUGUAAACUUUGAAAUUGGGGCCCACCCCUUUUCAGUUAAUAUUUAAAAUGUGCCCAGCUAAAAAUCAUAAAUUAAAGACAAAUACAACUUUUUUAAAAUAUAUUCACCAAUGCCAAAGCUAUGGCCAUUUAUCAAUUAAAAUAAAAAUAGGAUCCCUGGCAUUCCAAACGGGGCCAUUUUAGUUUUCCUUAAGAUAAAGGCACUAUAAAAAUCAUUCAGAUAUAUAUUCAAGUUCAUUUUUUAAAUUUUUCCCAUAUAAAUAGUAAUUUUUACUAUUGGUCCCCCCCGGCAGAAAAAGAACUUAAUCUUUAAUAUUUUGCAGCGCUGAGUAUUUUAGGUUGGAUGACAAACAAAUUUAUGUUAUAAAUUGGCCCUUUAAAAUUUUACAAUGUUAAAUCUAGUAUUAACCAUUAAUUGUAAUUUUAUUUAUGAACCCCCCCCCCUUUUUUUUCCCCUUUAUUGGAUUUUUUUUUUUAAAAGCCUGAUCAGCAUUUUCUUCUAGAUAUUGAAGUGCUAUAACUAUGUAUCCCAUGUUUGAUCAAGAUCCAUUUAUUCAUAUAGAAACAUGUGGUGCUAACAGAUUUGAAAUCUUAUUAAAGAUUUAAAUUUUUUAAAUUCCAUUUAAGACAUACAACUGAUUGUUUCAUCAUUUAUAUAUUGAUGAAUACCAUUAUAACGGCUAAUGGUUUUUCAUUUUACAUUGUCUUUUAAUGUUUUUAACUGAAACACUACCAUGCCAUUAGCUGAUGUCAUAAAAAAAAAAAUUUUUUUAAAAGCAAGACCGAAACUUAUUGUGUGUGGCAUUUAAAAAGCUAAUAAUGAAUGUACAAUAUGUAGGCCUACAUAAUAUUAUACAAAGAGAGGGAAAUCAACUAUGGACUGAAAAUAUUCUGUAAUUAACAAAUUGUGUCUUUGAGAUGUUGCUAUACUCAUAAAAUGCACCCACACAUUCAUUGACAUGGUUUUACCAAAUACUGAUUUAGGGCUUAACCGUUCAAUAACAAAAUUGUGAUUUUCCUUUCCUCAACACACAUCUACAAUAUAAAGUUGGUAAUAACAAUUAAUAAUCAAACCCUCCAGGGCAGUAAAUCCCUAGCUAUGCCAAAGCACCCUGUGUGCAAGCCCCUAAACUAUUUACAAACAAAGAAACAUAGUGACACUGAACUUUAUAUAGUAGAUUGCCAUCUCUUUAUAGCUGUUUUUUUAAACAAGUAUAAAUUAAAAUAUAAUGUAUACAUUUUUGUGUCUUGAAGUGUUGAAGACAGAGGCAAGACAUAUAUUUAAAUAUAACCAAACAUUCAAAUGUGAAUCCAUUAAAAAAUCAUCAACAACAUAAAUUAUUUAUAAAAUGUUCCCUAAGUGGGGGGACAUACUUUAUGAUCACCUGCACCCUGUUGUGAGUUAGUGUAAUUAUAUUCAUUAAUUGUCCCACAAUGCUGUAUAACUUCUGUUCUGAUGUGUUGUCAUGUUCUUUCACUCUGAUCCAUACAGAACUCUCAAAACAUUUACUCCUCAUCAUGACCACAGCCCAAAGGGCCACUGGAUCUGAAUGAUGAUGAUCAUUUUUGAUCCAGCAAAUGGCAUGUUGUUGUUUCUGUAGCAAAUCUGUUUUGAUUGGAUGAGGUGGGAAGGGGACACGGACCUACCCUUAUCCAUAUGCCAUACUUUGAGAAAGAAGGAGUGGAUUUUAAAUUAAAUUUUACUUAAUACAUGUCAUGCCAUGAUUAGUAUGUGGUAAAUGCCAUGUUUAGUAUGUGGUAAUUGCUAUGAUUAGUAUGUGAGAAUUGCUAUGAUUAGUAUGUGGUAAUUGCUAUGAUUAGUAUGUGGUAAUUGCUAUGAUUAGUAUGUGGUAAAUGCCUUGUUUAGUAUGUGGUAAUUGAUAUGAUUAGUAUGUGGUAAAUGCCUUGUUUAGUAUGUGGUAAUUGCUAUGAUUAGUAUGUGGUAAAUGCCUUGUUUAGUAUGUGGUAAUUGCUAUGAUUAUUAUGUGGUAAUUUUCACAUGAAUUUUGUUUUGUUAUUACUUUUAUUGACUCAUAAAUGUAAUUUUGCCUAAUGUGAAGUCAAGUUUUCGUGUAUUAUUUUCCUGUUUUAACAUUGACACUUUGUUCUCAAUACCAUUGUGCAUGACUUAGUCUCAAUUUUCUCAAAGUUCUGUAUUAAACUACAGUUCUGUUGAUGGGGGCUGAGAUUCAAUCCUACCCCACACACACACACACACAUACACCCACACACACAUGGAUGGAAUUUAGUGACAAAUGUAAGUGGUUGUGUACUUUUUAAAAAAAUCUGCAGUACAGUUCCUUACAGUGCAAUUUUGUUGACAACUAAUAUAAUAUAUAUGAUGUACUCAACAUUCAUAUUUGUAUCUCUCUUUUGGGUGGAGUCCCAAAGCUGAGUCCCCUUUAAUGCUAUUACCAGAUAUUAUUGAUUCUACAAGUAAAUGUCAUAACAGUCUUUCUUUCUCUUAUUUAUCACUGUCACUGAAUUUCCCAUUAUUAUUUUUUUUCCCACACUCAUUGAUCAGCAAGUUUUGAUGUAGUAAUAAAAAUCCUAUUAUUUUCCUGUCCUUUUGUUACGUGUCUAAUGUGAUUAUGAAGCACGACUAAGGCUAGCUUAUAAGUUUCAUCACUCAAGGUAGAAUGAGUUUUCGUCUUAUUUAGUUGAUGUACAUCUACUGGUAAGGUGUUUUAUUUUUAUUCAAGUCUUUUAGUUUUUUUAAAACUCUUGAUUUCAUUUUAAUAUUAAAAUUAUCUUGGUAUAAAUGCAUUUAUUAUGUGUCCAUGUUCAAAGUCAAUAACCUAUAAUAACUGAAAAUGAAUCUAUUAGUGUCCCAUACUAUGUGCUGUGUAUAAUAUUUUCAGGAAAAAGAAAUAUGAGUUGCUGCUUCUAAAACAGAUUAUUUCUGACUUUAAAAAUGAAGGUUGCAUGCAGUAGUAGAAAAUAUAAAGCUUUAACUUACAUAGAUUUUAGUCCAAUACAGUUUGCUGUGUGACUUAAUGCAUUUAAAUACUUUCAAAAUGUAUUUAUCUGUGAAGUUAAAGUAAUGGGAAUAUGCGUAGAAGAUGGAUGGUCAAAUCUGCUAUUAUGGAAAAUUUUAAGCAAUUAUUUAUGGCCUUAGCUUGCUUUAUUUAAAUGAAAUUUUAACGUUUUUUAGUGAAUUGAUACAAAUAAGUUUUGACCUGUGCCCAGCACGAACAGCCCAUAGACUUAUUUUUUCUUAAAUAGACAAGCUUAUUUGGAUAUUGAUCACUUUAUAUUAUCUUUACUGCAUAACUAAAAGUUUUAUAGGCAACAUAGAGUACAUGGCUGCAUAUUUAUUUGUGUGUUAAGAUUAUUAAAAUUGUAUUUAUUAAGAUUAUGACUAAAUGUACAUGACCUGUUCUUAUAAUUUAUUGACGUUACUAAAUUUGAUAGCAUGUAUUUGAUGCUUUUAUAUUGUAGUUAAUUAUAAUAAAAAAAAUAAUGCUUUAAUGCAGUCAAAACAGCAUGACCUACUUACUAUUUGGGCAUGUGGUGAUGAUGGGUGAUAACAGCCAUGUGACAUAACACAGCUUUAAUUACAACACCAUUCAAUGUUUAGGAUACCAAGAACCAAAUAUUAGUCACCAUUUUGUACUGUUAUAGUAAAUGCAAGAAUGUAUUUUGUUUGCCAUCUUAAAAAUUGCUUUUGAAAUUAUAUUACUUUUUGACCUGGUUGUUUUUUUUUUUAAAUGGAACGUUUGGCGCCAUAUUUGUAAUUUAGAUUUCAUGAAUAGCUUUUUUUUUAAUAUUUUGGUCUACCUAAAUAAAUUUAUUUUUUCCAUUUAUUCAAAGAAUGUUUGGAGGAGACAGGAGGUAGGGUAGGGCAUUUUGAUGAAUGAUGGGGAACUUAAUGUAUCAUCAUAUUACUCGUAUUGAAAUCCUUAGAAAUGUGAAGUUUUAAGGAAAUGGUCUUAUGUUUCAGAUCCAAUGGCUGACUUGUUUGUGGCAUUACCUCCAGUAACAGCUAAUAGUGCUGUGGUUUUCGGUAAAAACUCUAAUAGACCAGCAUCGGAGGUACAAGAUGUUAUAUAUUGUCCUGCUAAAGAUCAUCUUAGAGGUGAAAAGGUUAAGGUAAGCUUUCUGCAAAAUUUAUUUUUAAAAAGACAAGGCAACAUGAUAACAUUCCAAGAAUUAAAUAUUUCUUUUGACUUUUAUAUGGAAAUUUCUACCUAGAAUACCUGCUUAUUUUAGCAUUGGCUGUUCAAUAGAAAAGUUAACUCAGGGCAGGUGAUUUUGCAGCUUUGAAAUGAAUGUUUUUAUCACCUCUUAACAAAGACUUUAAAAACUGCUAAACUUCUGCAAUUCUUUGAGACAAACACUAAGUAAGGCGUUCCGUUGCAUUUCUGUUUCAUGCUUUUCUUGACAAUAUGGAUGACAUUCCUGCAAGAUAAUUGACAUAUGAAGAGCUAUUCUCAGGAGACUACAAGCCAUUAAGAAAGUCAAAGAAACUAUCAUUAGAGACUUCUUAUUUGCUAAUGACUGCACCCUAAUUGCAAGCUCAGAACUGAAGAAGCAGGAAAAACUUGAUCACUUUGCUAAGGGUUGCGACAACUGAGGCCUUGCCAUGAGUACAAAAGAAAAUCAGUGAUCUUGCAUCAGCCAGGGUCAGGAAACUUUUAUAUAGAGCCUCACAUUUCAGUCAGAAUCUCCCAGCAGUUCAAAAUUUGACAUAUUUAGGCAGCACCUUCAAAUUGUAAGCAACAAUAAAUGAUGAGAUCAACAGAAUUAUAAAGGCAAAUUUCAUAGUUGGAAGACUUCACAGCAGUGUCUGGGACGACAGGGGUCUCCAAGCUGAAUUUUAUAUAGGGCAAUUUUACCAACAAUUAAACAAUGUGUUUUAUUAGGUUAACUGAACUGUUGGCAGGUUGAAUGAAUUAGAAAUCAUACUGUUGCACAAUAUUACCAAAUGUUUUGCGAUCUUUGACUUAUGGUAUUUUCUUUUUAGUGCACUUAUAUAGAUAUUGAUCAAGUGAACCACACCCAUGCUGUGAUUCUUAGCAAGCCAUCCUGGAUGUGGGGUGCAGAAAUGGGUGCUAAUGAACAGGGAUUGGCUGUGGGAAAUGCUCCAGUGUGGACUAAACUAAAUGGACCCAAAGAUUUAGAGAAAAAGUUACUUGGAACUGACAUGGUGCGGUGAGAAACCUGCUUAUUAAAAAUAAAAAAUGUAACCAUUGAAAUAUAUAUAUAUAUACACACGCACAUACAUACAUACUUAUAUAUAUAUAUAUAUAUAUAUAUAUUAUAUAUAUGCUACAAAAUGAAGGCAACAGAACAGCAGCUGCAGAGCACAAAAGACAUGCUAGAAACAUUUGAGUUACUCUGCUCUUAGAGAUUUUCAUCAAUCCUGUACAUUUACUGCACAAAAAAAUUUAAUGCCAUUUGUGCGCACACAGCAAAGUUAACAAUGAGCUCAUAUACGUGCCCAUGUUCAAUUUAGACUGAAGACACACAUGAAUAUAUCACUCAGUUGAACGACUAAAACUAAACGACUUUCUAUCAAGAACAAGUUUAAACUAAUGACAAGUAUAAAAUAAUUUGACAUUUCUUAAAAUCCAUUAGUACAGAUAUGCAAAAAAGUCGGUGCAAAAAAUAUUUUCAUUUAAACAUUUUUAAGUUUUGUUUACAUUAAAUUUGAAUCCUUUGGCUACAAAGAGUGCUGCUUAAUUACACUUCUGAUGUCUUUAAUUUUUUUUUUUUACUCCUUAAGAAACAUCUCCUUUAUCAUUUUAUCAUGCCAAGUGGGAUGUCAAGAAAUAAGGUGGAGAAACACUUAUAUUCACUAAAAUGUAUGUAUUAAUUCUCGAACCUUUAAUUUAAUAAUGAGUUAGUAAGUCUUUAAUUAACUUCAUUUUUACUAUAUAGAUUAAGCCUAGAACGAGCAUCAACUGCACGUGAGGCCCUUAAUGUCAUCACAGAACUAUUGGCUAAUCCUGGCCAGGGUGGCCCAUGUACAGAUGAGCCUGGUAAAGAUGGAUGGUGUUUUCAUAAUAGUUUUCUAAUUGCUGACAGCUCAGAGGCCUGGGUACUUGAGACGGCCGGGGCUUUAUGGGCAGCUGAGAAGAUUUCAGGUAGUUGACUUAAUGUUAAGUGUAGAGGCUUUUAAUAAUGGAAUUUUAAACUAUGUUAAUACUUUAAUAAUUUAAUGUAGCAAAUUCAAAAUAAAAACCAAAAUGCAUACAAUUUUCCUCUGUUGAAAAUAAUAAUCUCAAGUUUUUAAUAUUUCAUCUAAGUUCUUAAAACAUUGAUUGAAAAUGGUCAUUUAGAAUCAGAUACACUUAAUAAAAUUUCCUUUUUACUUCAAUAAUAAAACUAUUGUCAUUUAUUGCUGUUUUUUGUCUGCAAGAUGGUGUUAGAAAUAUCUCCAAUGAACUCAGCAUAAGAACCAAAAUGGACCUAACAUCCCCAAGUCUUGUUCAGGAAGCUAAGAAUCUGGGUCUGUAUUCAGAUGAUAUUGGAGAAUUUGAUUUCAAGUCCACAUUUUGUGCACAGUCUCAGGCUGGGAACACAUCAGCCAAUAGCACAAGCUUUCGCUAUCGCCAUGGCCACGAAGUGAUGGAGAAAGCCAUAAGCUCAGGUUUGUCUUUUUUUAAAAAGAAUUAUUUUGGCACAGAGAAAGACAAUGUUUCUGGUAUAUAAUGAAACAGAAGAAUUGGUCUGAAAGAAAUGAAGGUCAUUUAAAAAUGACAAUAAUUUGUUUGGGGAUUUAAAAAAGCUGUGAUAUAACAUAUUUAAAAUAACAAAAAGAUAGGUUUCUUGGCUUCAUUUAUUGGGGACCAAAGGUAAGCAUGGGCUAAAAACCUUGGAUAUUGGAUAUACAAGAGAGUAGAAGUUAAUAGUUGAAGCUAAGCAGGAAUUUGAUUAAACCUUUAAAAAUCUUCUUUAUUAGACUUAUAUGAGCAUGGCAUUAGAACUAGGACUUUAGUAAAAUUAAAAUUAAAUUUCCUUAAAUUUUUUAUUUUUUUUUAGUUGGGAUGGUGUCUAACUAUUAGAAUAAAAGAUAUGCAUUAAAAAAUAUACAUAUAUAUACUUAUCUAUCUGGUGCAGUGUGAUUUCUGAUUAGUUUUCCUAUUGCAAUAGAAAAUCUUUCCAAAGCACCUUUUUAUUUAAAAGUUUAUUGUUAUAUAAGUUAUUUGCAACUAAGCAUGUAGGAUGGUAAAGUUAUUAAAUGUCUUUCAAUUUUUAUCCAGGUAAAUUUGGUUACCAAGACAUGUUCAGAAUUCUCCGAGAUGAAGAAGGAGGGAUUUGUAUGAUGGAUGGAGGGUUCAUCACUGCUGGCAGUCAGGUCUCAGUUCUGUUUCCUGCGUCAUCUCCUGCACCCAGUGUCCACUGGUUCACAGGCACACCCAAUCCGGCAACCUCCAUCUACAAACCUUUCUUUUUUGGUCCAGGAGCAGCUGUUGGUGAUGUGACUUUGUCUCCCCCGAAUGAAGCUGUUUGUGACCAAGGAGAUCGAGGCCACGCACUUUAUCGGGGACACAAGAAACUAUGCAACAUGAUGGACACACAGGAAGAAAAGGGACAUAGUGUGCUGGGCCAGCUGCGGGAGCUAGAGAAAAAGUGCUGUGAAGAUGUGGAUGAGAUUGUAGCCAACUACAAUGAAGCUACUUUCCCAAAGUUGAAGCAAAUAUUUCAACACAUGGCCAGCAUGGAGAUCAAUUUUUACCUUUGAAAAAGUGAUAAGGUGGUGGUGGCAGCGGUGUUGAUAUUCAAGUGCAUUGUACCAGUGGUAUUCAAAUCCUCUAUGCUCUUAUUAUAAUUUUUUUAUUAGUUUUGAAUGUUUUUACAACAAGAAACUAAACUAAUUAAGUAAUUAGUUGUGGAGCCUUAUGGUGGCACCAAGGCAAACACUCUUGUUUUUAAGGAAUAAAUACAUUUAAAAAGAUGCAACAAAGUUAAUAUUAUUAAUUUUAUAAAAGUGUCCUUGUUCAAAUUAGUAGAGUGGGUUCACUACUGGCACAUUUCAUUGUUUGUAAUAUAAAAAAAGAAUGAAGGUAUCUUUUAAAAGGUUAUCAAUACCACUGGUUAAUGCUAAGUAAAGAAAGGGUCAGUUUAAGUAGAGGAAAGUUCAAUAUUUUGAAUGAGGUAAUUAAUCCAACAUUAUCUUGGUAUAUUGAUAUUGUGCAAUAAGUGUAUAGGAUGCAGUCUAGCUUUUUUCCUAGACCAAAAAAUUAAGCUGCUUUUAGUUUAUUAAUGUUAAAUUGCUAGACUGGAUUUUAAAAAAGAUGGACUGUACACUUUUUUGAUUUUUUUUUUUGAAGUUGAAUGUUGAGCUUUAUAUUGUGUGUUCUAUGUGUAUAAUGUGUUUAGAUUUUUUGUCAAACCUCUUAAUUAACCUAGAACUUUUUUUAACAAAGAUUUAGAUCGCCAAAUGGGAAUUUUUAAAUAGUUAACAGUGCACACUCUGUGAGCUGAAAGAAUGUAUAUACUUUUAUUUUUAAUUUAAGUUUGUUAAAUAAUAUAACAUUAAAUAAAGCCCAAAAGUAUUGACUUCCUGUUGAAAAAAAACUGUCAAAGAAACAACUAAUGAUCACCAAAAAUGACCAAUAGACCUACCAUUUUAAUUAUGCUGAGCCAUUUUGGAUUAUUAGUAUCACAGCUUUUAGGUCAACCCAUACAAAAAAAAUCAUUCCAAAGUCUUUUCUCACUGAUAAUUGUGUUUAACUAUCCUAAAAAAUGUUUCCUUCUAGUUUCAUUUUUGUUAUUUGUGUAUAUUCAAUUGUUUAUUUAUUGCCAUGAAUGUCAUAGUCUCAUUCACCUGUUAAACCUUUGCUCCGCCCCUCCUCCUCAUGAUCAAUUGGAGUGAACUUACUUCUUCUCUUUUCUUUCCAUUUUUGCCUGUAUUUAAUCUCUCACGUACUUAUUAUCUGUCACAUCCUAUUGCUGCCCUCUGGGAUAUAACAUCUCAGCUAAGUGUUAUUUUAUUAAAUUAUGUUUUUACUAUUGUUUGUUUGCUGAUGAAGGCUUUCCGUCGUUGUUUCAUUGCGUUACUUUUUUCAGGUUUCCCCAAGUUUGUUUCACUCAUUUCCUUUUUUGCUUACCUCAUUGCCCUUAUUUACCAUUUGGAACAAAGGUAGACUAAUUGUGAUCAAUAGUCAAGAAUUAUUUUUGUUGUCAAUUUUUAAUCUUAUUUUAUUAUUAUUUCUGUUAUUCUCAAAUUUUUUAAAAUUGUAAUUUAUAUUCCUUUGUGCAAUAUUAUACAUUCCAAAUACAAAACUUUUAAUAACUAUGUUUUAGACCCAGCAACAUUUAUCAUUUAUUUAUAUUUACUUUCUUGUAAAAAUCCAUUUAUAAAAGUUUUAUUCCAAAAAGUAUUUUUGGUCUUUUUUUCCUUUGUUACUUUAGUUUCCAUCAUGACCAAAUUUUUUGGUGUUUUAAAAAAAAUUAAAUUUUUCUCAUCAUUUGUUUGUAUAGAAAAAUUACUGUAGAUUUAAAAAGAUUAGUAACCUUUUCUUCAUUAAAACCUUCUUAGCAUUUUGUCAUUAAAGCAUUUUCAGAGUUAGGAUUAAAGGUAAAUGUUACACCAAAUAGUAAUUAUUUUGUUUACCUUAAAUGUUGUUCUAAUCAGUGUCAGUGCCAACUAGUGAUUUUUUUUCCUGCCAUCAAUUAUAUCUUAGUUAUAAGCUUUAAAUAUUAGUCAAUCUGGUUUAACUUUAACUGCCAGAUAUGCUCAACUAAGUAAAUAAUAACAGUGCUACUCAAAUAGUUGAGUUAAUAUAACUUGGUUCUCUUAAUUUAUUUUGUUCUUCCUUUUAGAAUUAGAGUAUAUGACAUAAUUUUUAAAUAUAUAUCCAAGAACUGGAUGAUAGUAGGCUAUAGAUUGGAUUAUAAGUCUUAUACAGAAAAUCUAUUUUUAUAUCAUUUUGUUUAAGUGCAACAUUUUUAUGAUUUGGGCCUCCAUUUUUCUGACAAAUAUUUUAGAAAUAGUUUAAAUAUAAAAUUUAUAACAAAAAGACAGAGGUGAUUAAAAAAAAUUAUAUAGAUUUAUUGGCAACUCGUCUAUACAAGGUAGGGCCACAAAUGAACACUGUUACAGCUCUGUGUGAUGGAAAAUGUGGUGCAGUUGUCUUUGAAUGCUUACAUUACUGGUUGUACAAGAUGUUGGGAAUGUGUCAAGAUUUUAUGUAGCUCAAUCUGUUAUAACAGAGUUGGGUGACACAAAUUAGGUCAUUCCAGCAUGCAAUGUAUUUGUGGAUUAAGAAGAAAAGUUGUCACAUGAGCUUUAUUCAAGUCACUCAAUUCAUAAGUACCAACAUAAUUGAAUUUUCUUUCAAAAUUCUACCAAAAUUUUGUGUUUUUAAAAAACAUUUAUUAACUUUAGAAUUGUCAGACAAAAGUUACCCAGUCAAAAAAGGAUGCUUUUAUUGGGGGUAAGUGAUAUCCAUUUUAAAAUUCUAAAAGAUUUCAAUUUGAACAUUAACAAGUUUAGUCUAGUUCCAUAAAUCCCCGUAGGAGCUUUGCAGUUCUAAAAAUAAUAUAAAAAAACAAAUUGCGACGUCAAUAGAGAUUAAAACUUGAACUUUUUAAAAUCAUCUUUGUAUUUAAAUUAAAAUUUUUGUAUUUCACAUUAUCAUUAUCUGCAAAAAGCGGAGGUGAAUCGUCAUAGCCCCACAUUAAUAACAGGCUUCUGCCUUUACCAAAAAGUCAUUGUAGUUAAAUUUUAUUAGGCAAAGUUGUGAACAUGUAUCACUGACACUUAAAAUAUAUGGGUUUACUCAUCAGACAUAUAAAAAAUUUGUCAUUGUGAUUAGAAUUACAGAACGUAGCUCUGAUUGGCAUGAUAGGUUAAUAAUGUUAAAAUAGUGCCACCAACCCAAGUUUGUUAGAUCUCAUGACAUGAAGUUUUGAUCAUACAUGCCAACCUGUACAGUUUACCCAUAUUGUGUGAAUUUUUUUAUAUGCUUGCCACGUUGUACAGCUGUACACGCUUUUUUACAGUUUUUUACUGGAUUUAGAAAAGUAAUAUUUUUGCAAAGAUCCACAUUCAAAACUGGCUGUUAAUAAAUUCAAUUUUGGAAAACAAGAAGUUUAAAUCCUAUUGGUCCAUUCAAAAUGACCAUGUUGAGGAUAUAAUGAGUUCAAUACCCUUAUAAUUUCAAUAUACUUCGGUAUUUGAAUAUGGCUAAUCAAGUGUAAGUGUACUAAGUGUGGAUUCAAGUAGGAAUAUUUCUUGUUAACUUUAUUGAUGUAGCUCAUAUUAGAAAAAUCGACAUUUUGGGCACCCAGCACCAAACGGAAUGUUAUAAUAAGUUCAUAGCCCCCCCCCCAUGUUCCUUCUAGAUAAUGAUGAAUAUAUGUGCCAAAUUUUGUCAAGAUCUAUCAUUCCAUGUAAAAGCGUAUGCGGAAUGAAUCCACAAACAAACUUUCAC